AUGGCCGUUAUGAUGAUGAUGAUGCGCCAUGUGAUUUGUAUUUUGGUUCUUUUAUUUUGCUUUUCCUGCUGUGUUGUGUUGGCUGGUGAUCUUGAAUCUGAAGUUAAGGUUGAAGUCACUCCGGAUGGUGAUGCUGCUAAAGGAGUGGGUCAACCCGGUGAUGAACUUGAGAAAACACAAGCAGAAUUACAGAGAUCGGAUUUAAAAGGAACAACUGGUGAUCCUAAACAUAGAGAUGGUGAUAGCGAGACGGAGGAUAUAGUUGAUAGUCCUGAAUUAGAACCAAUGGCUGAACCAGCAAUUACUCUGGGUGGUAAAGGUCUACAAAAUCAUCCAAGUAAACAUCAAACACCCCAUUUAGGAGGAGAUAAUCUCCAUUCUUCUCAACUUCUAUCUUCUAACUCAGUGCUAACUGGAGAAAAUAACCGUUCGGCUGCCUCUGCUUCUUCUUCCUCCUCUUCUUCAACAGUUUCAGUAGGCAGAGUUGAACUUGACAAUGCAAAGAAAGGGGAAAAGGUAGAGAGCCCGUCAAACAAGGACACGAAAGCAAACAGUGAAUCGACAGAUAACGAUCGCGUCCACGAACCACCUGCCAAUCAAAUAAAUACAGUGAACUCUGACAGUACACACAUCUCCCAAAACACGGUUCAGGAACAGUCAGCUGAAACCUCACAGAGUUCUCAG